AUGUCUAUUCAAUCGAGCGUUGAAGGCAUUCCGCCGAUUGUCGUACAGCCGUCCGACGGCGCAAAGAGUAAGCGACCGAAAGCCUCCAAAAAGAAGUCCAACCCGGCAAAGAAAGACCUCCUAUUCCGUACUGUGGGCGAGUCCCUGGCGAGUCAGCUAUAUAGCCACUCAAAGCUAGAUACUACAUGCACUUGGUGUGCACUUCCUGCAGAUCGUCAGCGUGAUCAAGUUUCCUUACUUCCACCAACGGCAGAUGACGCGAGAUCCCGACGUUGUGGCAGUAGUUGCUGUGGGAGUAGCAGCAGCAGCCAAACACUUGUGGAACCAGCAUCAGACUCAGACGCGCUAUCUUCUCGUCAUUCCUCGAACACAUACGGUCGUUCAAGCUCCGAAUCAUCCUUGCCUCUAGGGCGCAACGGGUUCGUACCGCUGUCUACGUCGACAUCCUUACCGCAGACCAACCUACCCGCCCGAAAUCAUAUGGACAAUGCCGAAGUUUUAGAGAGACUAGCUGGGCGCUAUGGGAAAGUCUCACAUAUGGUAAUACUCGACCGAAGUUACAAUUUCUUCCUCAACAAGGCACGAACCGGGGCUUUGUGUUAUAAGGUGCAAAAUCAGGUAGCAAUAGUCGCGGGGGACCCUCUAUGUGAGCCAUAUUUGUUUUCUGAUAUCCUAGACGAAUUCAAGGCGUACCGAAAGCAGUUCCACUGGGGAAUUGCUUUCAUGGGGGCCAGCGACAGUCUAGUCAAGCAUGCGCGACAUCAACAUUGGGCUACACUACAAUUUGGUGCUGAGCGUGUGCUCAAUCCGAUGACGAACGAUGUGCUUAUGGAGCGAAGUGGCAAGCGAAUCAUCGUCCAAAACAAACAACUACUCAAUCCAGACAAGGGCGGCAUCACCUUGGGUGUUUACGCUCCAGCAUAUGGGGCAAACCCGUCCCUACAGAGCGAAUUAAUGGCCAUUUAUGAAUCAUGGCGGCAUCAACGCAAUCAAGCCGCGGCCGCAGCCCAGGCUUUUAUUACCGUUUACAACCCGUUCGAUUUUCCAAACCUGAUGAUCUAUAUAUAUACUCGCGGCCCCGACGGUGUCGCGAACGGAUUCGCGGCGCUUCGUCGGGUUGGUGCCAACGAAGGAUAUCAUCUUGACCCCUGCAUCGCCGCUCCGGGGGCACCUAAAGGGAUCAGCGACUUGCUGGCUUACGCAGCCAUGGCGCUUCUCAACCAAAUGAAUGUAUCUUACCUCAGUCUCGGAUACGAGCCUCUUACUACCCUGGGCGAUGUGACGGGUUUACCAUCAGCCAUUGAAAAGAUUACGCGGUCGUUAUACCGUCACACCUUCCAGAGACUACCUAUAGGAGGAAAGAAGGCGUAUCAUGACAAGUUCCGCCCCGAUCCAUUCUUGGACUCAGAGUUAUAUCUGGUGUUCCCAUCAGGUGUCCCUGGACUACGACAUAUGCUUGCCAUGGUCCAUAUGGCCAACAUCAGUAUUCGCAAACUUGUUCGCUCCGAAGCGAAGUCCGCCUCGCAUAAAGAAAGAUCAGGAGACGAUAGGUGA